GCCGGUGCUUAUAGUGGAAGACAGUAUAGGUGUGACGCAGCGAGGCGCCUGUACACACGACGUAGCAGCAUUGCCAGGCGAAUCGCGCGACACGUGCGUCCUCGCUACGUCGCUGGCACCAGCAGUGUAGUCCGGGUGGGCAGUCCGCGCCGCCGACCGAGCAGCGGAAGGGACGUCGAGAGAACACGAGUGUCGCCAGUUCUUGUCCAAGACACGUAGUUCGCGAUCGGCGCGAACCGGGCGAGCGUAGCCGGACGUUGCGGCCGUCGCCGGCGCCGGGGACGUCGGACUUCCGCCGCAGCGGCCGGCAGGACAGUGAGGGCCCGAGAGCUCAGGGCCGCCCUCGCCGCCAGCAUGGAGGUCGUUGCCGACGACGAGCCUAUUCAGCCGGAUCCCCUGGCUGCCGUUGCCGCCGCCGCCGCCGCCGCCGCCGCUGCAGCUCAGUCGCACCACCACCAGCAGCAGCAUCCCGCCAACAAUCACCAGCACUACCCGCAGUAUCCCAAACACGAUUCAAAUGGCGGUGGGGGAGGUGGUCGACUGGGUUCAAGGGGCAACGGCAGUUACGAAGGUGGUGAAAGGAGAAUGGUAGACAUUACAAGGGAUAAGCCAAUAAAAGUAGCCGUAAGGGUGCAAGUCCCCGUUCGAGACCAUCCAAAGUUCAAUUUUGUGGGUAAGCUUUUGGGACCAAAAGGAAAUUCGUUAAAGCGGCUACAAGAGGACACGAUGUGCAAAAUGGCUGUGCUCGGACGAGGUUCCAUGAAAGACAGACAAAAGGAAGAGGAAUUAAGGGUGAGCGGAGAUCCUAAGUUUUCACAUUUGAUGGAGGAUCUGCACGUUGAGAUAUCCGCCUACGCGACGCCAGCGGAGGCACACGCCAGAAUUGCCUAUGCCCUUGCCGAGGUCCGUCGCUUCUUAGUUCCUGACUACAACGACGACAUUCGCCAAGAGCAAAUGUGGGAGAUGCAGAUACUGAACACGCAGAGCCGCGAGGGCGCGCAGGCGGUGGAAGCGCCACUGAGCCCGGCCUCGAGCCUCGAGGCGGCCAACUCGCCGACAGCAGCGACCACCGCCAACUCCAUAGACGGCCAAGAGGACGGAGGAGCCACGAGGCCGACACCCUCGCCACCCCAUCCGCAGGCCUGCCUCAAGGGUCAGCCCGCCACCGUUCUACCCGCCGUCACAUCCAGCCUCGCAGGAGGACGCAAGCGACCGCUGCUGCCAGGAGCGCGGCCAGCAAUGUCACCAACGAAGCGCACGGUAAUGUCGCUACUUGCGCGAGCGCGCGCCGCGCAAAACAAGGAUCCGCUGCAGCAGUCGGCCGUGUCGAUCGUCGGUCCGACGACGGUGCCGCACCAGCCGGUGGCCGCUUCGCCGCUAAUCCAGGCUGCCCUCCAGCAGCUGCCCGCGGGGCCCGCCGGCGCAGCCGCGCAACCCAGCGCCCAGCAAGUCAGUCCGGCUAGUCAGCAGCAGCAGCUGCAGCAGCAGCUCGCCCAGAGCUUGCAAACGCAGAGGCAGCCACUUAUUCAGUCGCACGCGCAACACCAGGUCCUCGCGCCCGCUAUCCACGGACUGCUUCACGCGCAGAGAGCAGCCGCCGGGGCGACGGUGCUCCCAAUUCUGCGCGAGGACUUUAUGGCCGGAGUGAACCAGCACCAAGUGCAGAAUGUCCACAUCGCGUGAAUCGACGCCGCCUCGGCGUCUGCACUCUACCCAGCAGCAGUCAGCGUCGAGCGCACCGGACCCAAGCACUUGGACAUCACUUAUUGAUAGUUAGCCACUUAUUCGUCGCACCGAGCGUAAUCAGCGCCGCCUGAGCCGACAAAGAUGCGCGUAUACACGCACCUACAGGUAGCAGCAGUUUGCCAAAACCGAUAAACUCUUACCCUUUACCAGACACGAUUCCAGACUUAUCCUAAGCUCCCCGAGAGUUUUCUCCUAUUUCCUCGAACUUAUCAGUUCCCUUCGCCGAAUCUAUCCUUAUUUUUCGCACUGGUGGUGCUUCACUCCAAAAAGUAAAUAUUUUCGAUGACUUUGACACCUGCGACGAUAAAGAGGGCCAACAAACGUCGCCGAGGCUCUACGCUCAUCUUCCAUUUCACAUUCGUGCAGAGUUUUAUCGUUUUUACUGUUGUGCAAAAGAGGGCAAUGUUGUUAUAUUACCGACAAAAACUUUUUGCACUUGGACCGAACGCUCAACGUCAUCGCGUUGGAAAUCGGAGCAAAUGCAUUUUUACAAUGAAUUUUUUAAUCCAGGGACUACAACACAUCAACAACGAAAUACCAUUAAAACUACAUUGCUCCAAUUUACAAACUUCGAAAACUUUUUCAAUGUAUCACAUGUACAACAGUUUUUCGACUCUAUUGCAAAUUGAUGUGCCAAUCAUGUUAUUCUUUCUGAACGAAUUUAUUGCCAUUGAUGUGAUCUUCUUGUAUCGAUGUGUGGAAAUGUAAUUGAUCAAAGAACUAAAUAUUGGUUUUUUCUUCUUUUCUUUUUAUAUAGAAAUUUUUCAAAGAAAAUAUAUUCUUCUUUGAUAACGAAGUCAUUAAAUUUUACAAUGAAAAGAUUCAAUGAUGUUAAUGUUGAAACAAUGAAAUUUCUGUGACGCCGAUAGAAAUUAAUAACGCGUUCGAAAAUUACGGAGACAUCGUAUGCCAGUGAUGAAUUUUCGAAUACUCUGAGAGUUGUCGAUUAUCGAGUGACACUUAUUUCUCAUUGAUUUUUUACGUAAAAUAAAACUUGCCUACUUUGUUCGUGCGAGGUGAAUUCUAUACAUCCGUAGUUUAAUGUGUCGAUUAUUUCUUUAAAACAGUUAUGCUUCAAAAGUCACUGAUAGAUUUUACAAAAUGAACUGUUAUAAAGUAAGGAAUGAAGAUAAAUAUAUAUGAAUAGUAUGCCGAAUCGAUGCAUAAAUCAUAUAUAUUUAGUCAUACAGAGAGAUUGAGAAAAUGGAUGAUUUAAGUGACAUCAGUAUUAUAAUAGAUAUAUAUCGUACGGCACUAUUUAUUUGUUAAUCUACAUAUGAUAAUCAAUCGAUACAUGCAUAAAAUUGACUUGCUAUCGAUCCAAAGCGUUAUAUAAAUAAAUCAACAAAUAAAUGCAUAAAUAUAUAAAAUAUAUAGUAUAUCAAAAGAAAAUGAUAACAAUAUAAAUGUUCUAUUUUACACGUCAAUGUACAUACGAAUACUGACGUUGAAAUGCUAUGUAUGAAGAUGCAACAAAGAAAAAUGAUAUGUUACGUUAUCAACAUUUUUAUAAGAGUAUUUUUAACUGAUUUAUUUGUAAUGAGAUUGAAUUAAAAGUUAAUCCUCGAAAUAUAAUAAUCUAAUUUUCGAGUUACAAUUAAACUCAGUUGACUUUGGAAAGUAUGAUUUGACGAUAACUGGCCUACUUUACCGAUCGUUGUCAAUUAGUUGAAUGAGAAAAGAAAAACAGAUCUGAUGUAUUUAGAGGGGUCUGUCAAAUUAUAAAUCGAUAGCUGCGCGUAAUGCGCGUGCUAUCCGAUGACUUAAUAACGACGCGAUCGAGCAAGCGUUAUGAGCGCGCCUUGACGCGCAUAAUUUCGCGCUGUCGCCUGCAAUGCACAAAACCGUGGAAAUAUAUAAGUGUCUAGAUCUAGAUAGUAAUCGGCCGGACGUGAUAUGAUAUGUCAGCGUAAUGUCCGGCUAAGAUAGUCUUACAAAUACAUCUAAUAUACCUGCUGCGUGAGAGAGACGAGGCGAAGAACGGUCGUGUGCACGGCAAGGCACAUUUUUUGCCAUGCACCGAUCGCCUUCCAGCGAGGUCCAACUUCGCUGAUAGCUGAGUGAUGCUAUACUGAUCAUUGACAGGUAUGCUUGUACAAACAAUACAUAUAUAUGCAGCGUGUAAUUAUUAUUACGCUCUGUGCUGUAGAUGAAUUGAAGAUGUUGACGGCUAUCGAAAGCUCAUGGAAUUAAUUAUUCAUUCAUUCUCAUUUUACUACAAGUAUAACUCCGUCAUCCAAUUUCCUUUCAAAUAUUUCCACAAGAUUAUUUCAUAAAAAUAUCCAUCACACUCUCAGGAGAUCAAAGAGGAUUGUAACAUUUUAACGUUUCGUCUUUCUCGAGCUAUAUUUUUCAUCGUACUUUGAGAAAACGAUAUCUAAAUAUUAUUUAUCUACAAAUUUUAAUAAUGUACGAUCAUUAAGAUAUAAGUAUUACUUAUGGUAAGCUUUGCUGUUAAAAGCAGUCCACAAAGCCUAAAAGUUACAUUGAAAAGUCUAUAUUUUCACGUGAAAUACUAACACAUUAAAGGUAAAAAUGCACAGGAAUAAACAUAAAUUUAAGAAAUCAUAAAAACAGUACGAUGUCUAAAAAAGAAUGUCGUAUAAGCCAACUUGAUAAAUAUUACGUUAGACUUAGUAGAAGAAACGUCUACUUUCCUUCGUACAUAGUGUAAACUUUUUUUUAUUAACUCAAAGAAUAAUUCUAAAUAUAUUGUUUAACAUUUUCGAACUAGUAUAACAUUUAGAUUUUCAAAAUUAAAUCUGUUGAAAUAUUUGCUAAACUAAUCCCAAAUAAAAUGUACUUAAAAUAAUACAAAAAAUAAUGUUAUAUAUGCAUGUAUAGAAUUAUAUAUGUAUAUAUAUGCAUGUAUAGAAUUUUAUAUAUAUAAUUCUAUACAUGCAUAAUUUUAGAAUCAAUGUUAAAGUUCAGUAUUGUCAACUUUCUAAUUAAUGAUAUUAAAAAAAAACAAAUUAUUUAAUGUAAUUUAAGUAAUUCUAAAAUUAAGCAUGCCUAUAAUUAAUAAUAAGUUCCUUAUUGAUUUCUGAAAUGUAUGUCAUUAAACGAAGACUCUAUCUUCGAUUAUUAAAAAAUUUAAUAAAAAUGAUGUGAAAUAGGAAUCUUAAAAACUAAAACUAGAAAUAAAGUGCUAAAAAUAGAAAUAAAGUAGUUUUGAUGUAACUCAAUCUUUUUAGCUUAUUUAUUUUUACGUUACAAUUAUGAUAGAAGAUAAUGUGUAGAAGUAGUAUGCAGUAUUUCUGAAACUUAUAAAAAAUAUAGAAUAUAAUAUAAAUCUUAAUAUGUAAUUACAAAUCAAUACAAUUAAACGAACAUUAUUAAAACGCCAUAUGACCUAAUGGAAUAGCAAUAUUUUCAUGCACGCCUACUAACAUACGAAAAUUAUAACGAGAAUGUGCUGUAAUGCAAUCAAACUUAGUUUUUCAAAAGUCACAUUUCAAUUUAUAUUUCAUUAUUUUGUAUUAAAAACGAGGAACAAGCUUCGCUAUAAACGAAAAAAAUGAGAUGCACUUUUGAUCAUGAGAGUUGCAAUUUGCUGUCUAAUUCCCUGCGUAUUUACACAUAUCGAAUUAUAUAUAGAAAUAGUAUUAGUCAUAUUACGUAUUUACAUAUUUACAUAACUGUUAGUACUAAACCACCUUCAUUCUCAUGAAUUCGAAGUCAUCUGCAAAUAAAUUUAUAAAUGAUAUUUGAACUAAUUGACUUUGAUUUUAAUCAAUAUCUAAAUUUCAUGAACAUUAAUAAGUCAUUCUGAUUCCUUACAGUUUAUUAGUUUUAUCAUAUUUUUCAUACAUAUGUUACCUAGUCAAUAACUGAAAAAUAAUAGACCUGUUAAUUUAAUGUCAGUCUUGAGCUAUAAAUUUGAAAAAAGAUAUUAUUUUCAAAAUACUAUUAUACGGUGAAUGCAUUACUUAUAAAGAUAUUGUUCUCAGUCGUUAACAUAUUUUGUACGUUCAUAAGUAAUUGUUGAAUAUUGUUGACCUCAUUGAGUUAUAGUGAUAAUUUUGUCACUCCUAAGAUUAUAUAUUAACUCUGUAAUAAAGUGUAAAACUGCGCCUAAGUAAAAAAAUUUAUGCGAAUUAUAUGUAUAUUGUAUUUAUGUGUAUCUUAUAAAUAUUUAACAGACGGAGGAGUAAUUCCUCAAGAUUUACAAAUAAAAUAUUCGCACUACCCGACUUUUGCCAAAUAUGAAAGAGGGCUGCGUUAAAAAGCAUUUCGAUUCAAUUUAUAUCAUUUACCCUUUUCAUUAUUAUUAUUUUUUUGCAAUUUCAAAUGCAAACAAUAAUAUAGACAAAACAUUUUUCACCAUUUUAAUUUGAAAUUCCAUCAGGGUUCUAAUAUGGUUAUUGAACUUCUAUCAAUUAAUGCUCCGGAUUAAAAAUAAAAAAUGGCAUGAAUUAUAGUAACAAUGAAGUACAUGCCGAAACUUCCAAUUCCUGCACCUUCGAAAAUCGUAUCAGUAUAAUGAUUAAAUAUGUAAUGUCUAUGGAUAAUUGAUUUUUUAAUUUGAAUUAAAUUUGUGACGAUAAUAAUAUAAAAAAACAUUGUCAAACAAGACUAAAAGUACUAUUAUUAAUGCAAAAAAUAUUUUGAGGUAUUGAAAAAAAGAAGCGCGACAAAGUUUAUCAUAAUGAAUUUAUCAGCAAUAUUUAGAUGAUACAAAUACUUUUAAAUACUUUUUUCUUUUGACAUGUAUAUCUAAGUAGGAAAAAUAAUUGUUUCUAACCAAUUGAACGUAAGUAUGGCUGAAACAAUGUAAAGGCCUACUUGAUUUGAAGUAACAAUCUUACUAAAUUUAUACAGAUCAUUUUAUUGCAACAAUUGCAAAACUGUUUUCGUAAAAAGGUUGGGGAUAGCUGCGGUCUUUUUUUCCAACUACAAAACAGGAGGAGGUUUUGUGUAUUCAGCAUAAUUUUUUUAUGUAUUUUUCGAUGGGCUAAACUCACUUGAAAAGGUGUGUCAGUAAAUUGGUUUCAUUAUUGGAUAGAUUAAUGAACAAUUUUGGGCACUUUUGCAAUACAUUAAUUUAAAGUCGAUCUUUCUUCGAGUAACUUUCUGGAAAAAUUACUUGCAAUUUAUUACAGUGUAAUAACCAACAUCAAUAUUUUAUUACUUCGAUUCAGAAAUAUCUUUAUAUCGUUAUACUGAUUAACUAUACUAGAAAAUAAAAAUUUAGUUUGCACAAAACAAAUAUUUCAUUCAGUAAAUUAUUUAACGAUUCUUUAGUAAAAACAAUGUUAUCUCUUAGGAUUGCAGGAAGUUGAAAACUAAUCAGCAAAGUGUUGAAAGAUGCCGAUCAAUUGCUGUUGACUUUAUGUUAUUCUUUAUGUUAAUUUUGAAUAUUAUAUUUCUUUGCAUUAUUUGAUCGUUAUUUUGUAUAUUUCUCAAAAAGCUCGACAAGUUUGAGCGACUUAGUGAUACUUUUAGAUUCACAAAUCAGUCAGCAUACAAGCUUUUUAAAAAAGUUUCUAAUAAAAUUUUAUAAUUAAAAAGCUUAACUAAAAAAUCUAACGAUCUUAAAUUUUCAUUAUCGUUAUAUACAUAUAAUUGCGAAGAAUUGAAGAGAAUACAUAAAUUGAAUACUUGCAAUUGUAUAAUUAAAAAAAUUGAAAAAGUUCAACAUAGAGAAAAAUCAUAGAUUGGUUCAUUCAAAUAAUUCAGAAGCUAGAAAGUUUACAAAAGCCUACUUGCCUUUUACUGUGUCAAAUAUUUAUUUCUAGCAGGAUAAUGCAGGUAGUCCCGGUAAACCCAUGUGUUUAAAUUUAAACGUUUAAUAUAACGUCACCCAUAAGGAAUACACUGUCACUAAUUUUAAACACUUCUAAACGUUUAAAUUCAGUGACAAUGUAUUUCUUAUUGGUGAUGUCACGUUUGUACACUUAAAACAUUUAAAUCUAAAGACAAGAUUUUGAGGUUUUGCCGUGAGUAGAACAGAAACUAAAAUAGUUUGUAUGAAUAUUUAAUACAGUGUAGUUUAACACAGUAGUAAGUGUACCGUCUAAGCACUAGCGUUCACCCGACCACAAGUCACUCCAAUUCGAAAAACAAGUCUUACCUGCGAGCGGCUCUCUCUCUUUCACACACACCAUUAUUGUACACAUACACAUCAUCAUGCAAAUGUUUCAACACUAUGAUCUGUAAAAAUAUUCAUAUUAUUUUUCUAUCCAACCAGAAGAAUUAGUCGGUUCAUUUGAAUCUUUUGUGUCACAUAAUCGAGAGA